GCCCUGAUGCUUUUGUGGGCCACCGUCGUCCUCCUCGGCGGCUUCGUCUCGUCACUGAAGUAGAUCGACUUUUGGUAUCUCACUAUCAUCUCAUUUCUACAAGCUGCCGGAGUAUUCGACGCGUGGGGAUCCGGAGGUGCUAGCCUUGAUUUACUGCAGGAUUGGGUUUGUUCUCUUGCACCGGACAUUGAAUCUUGGGGCGAAAAGCAUCGUCAUGUGAGACUCCGUCAUGAACAUACCCAGUUGCCUCUCAGAAAACGGCUGAAGAGAUUAAUACAAAUACUUGCAUCAAAAAUAAUGGAUAUUACCCCGAUCGUGCUAUGCGCCCCAGUGGUGAUCUUCGCUAUUUUUGGACCACAUGUGCGGGUUCUGCUAUCAGGGCUUCGUUUACGAAAGCAAAGCUACGGCACCGACGGAAAGAGAGACAGAGCAAAUAUGAAGCGGGCGCUGAACUUAUUCUACCACGUAACUUAUGCUCACGGCUAUGUAUGCUUAUCAUGGAUGAUGAUUCAAGCGUUUGCUGAUGUUGUGCUCGUGUUUACUGUUUGCCGAAAUGCCCGACAGCAUGGCUUCAACGCCAAAGUAAUUCGUGCAUACUUGCAGAAAACCAAGGAAAUGUGUGCGAACAACCCUGCGUCCAUGCAGAUGCAGAACUGGAAUUUGAUCACCUAUGGUGCCGGCUUGCUGGAUUCCAGCUUACCAGAAGAAUAUGCGGCUGGAGGGAGGGUACUAACAAUGCUGAUUGAUAAGGAUGUACCAUUACAGGUAAGACGGCUGCUGAUCAGGUCACCGAGACAAAGAAUACAGAAGCUGAUCGGCACCCUUGCUUGGAGAAGCCCAGCCGACCAAGAGAUGAGAUGGCUUGCAGCGAGGAUUGUGGAGCAUCUCGCUGCCGACCUCAACCUUGCUCACUUUCCAGGAGCAUUGGAAUGCAUAUCAUCCCUCUUCUAUCAAGAAGCUCGCCUUUUAACAUUUACAAAUGACCAAGGAAUUGAUGAGGACCUGCUUUUGCCAGGCUUGAGAAUUCUAGAGAAACUGGCUCACAGCACACAUAACUGCACGUUGAUAUGCAACACCAAUGAUCUUCUUUCAAAAAUUGUUGGCCCUGUCAGCUCCAACGAAUUAACAGAAGAUAUCAAGACCAAUGCUGCUUGGACCAAGGUAGUAGACGUUUCACUGAAAGUGGUGAGCCGGCUCAUGGAUUCUUCGGGAAUGACCGGCCAAAAGAUGCGCGGACUAAUUGCAAGCAAUAUCAAUGCAGUGAAAAACUUGAAGGCUGUACUGGAUAUGGAUAUGAAGAGCAACAGUGGUAUCAUAGAGCUGCAGAUGCUAGCAAUGGAUGUCCUUACACAAAUAGCCUUGCAUCAUCCAGCACGUUCUAUUACAUGGAUGUUUUUUCAAAACCUUAUUGAUUACGCGCUACACAUCUUCCUUACUUCAGAAUGGAUGGGAGAUUAUUUGAAAGAUGAGAAAAGGAAGGUGGCCUCCGAACAAGCUAGCAGGGAAGUACUUGUGGAAAAGAAGAUGAAACAAGCUCAGGAAACGGUAAGCCAGCUUAAAGAAAAGGCUGGUGAAGCAUUGGCCAUGUUAUCCUGUGAUUCAGAGGCUAUCAUGAGUUUCACAGGAUGUGACGAUGAUGUCAACCGCCUUACUGAAUUGCUUGACUUCGAUAUCAAGACCAUCAAAUGUGAAAUAAGUGCAACAGAUACUAUGGAAAUAGAGAUCUACAUUGGCUGUCGUGUUAGUGCGGCAAUCAUCUUGAAGCAUUUGAGCAACUACGUCAAGGCACCAACAUUACGGAAGGCACUCGGACGAUUGCUUCAUGUACAACAAGACGAGCCUUCCACUUUAGAGAGCCACAAUAAUCAGUAUGGGGAUAGGAAGCUGCAAGUAGAGUUGUUAUCACUCGUUGCAGCAAUUCGGGCAAACAACAAUCUUAAUCUUGCAGGAAUCUUAAUUUCGCAGACGCCGCCGGAUACCCUGGAAGACUUCGUAGUGAGUCUCAAGAAGAAGGUGGAGGACAACAUGUACGCCACCCCUGCAGGCCUGGCGAUACAGAAGCUUACCUGCGAGAUGGUUAUAGAAUUCAUGAAGCAUGAUCGAAACAUCAAAGUGAUUGACAAUCACAAUAUCAUUGGCACAUUACUGAAGGCUUCAAAGGCGAUGGCUGGGCUUGAGAGCAGAAUGCUUUUCACUGGCGACGAUCAUGACUGUCAUGGGAUUCCUCUGAAGCCUCUCUCCUCUGUUCUCGCUAAAAGUGCAGAAGAUAUUCUGACACAGAGGAAACAGGCUCUGGGCAUCAAUAUUGUGCCUGUCGGUGUGCCGCUUCCAUGA